UGGGGGCCCAGCUAGGGACAGCGGCGGGGAAGUGGAGGCACUGGGUGGACGGCUGGAGAAGGCCAACCAGAGAGCCGCUCGCCGUCGUCGGGCGGGGCCUGGGAAGGUCAAAGCUCUGGACACCGGGCGGGUGGGACGACGAGGGACCCCCGGGCUUCCACAUUAUGAAAGAGAACAGAGUGCGUUUUCCUGUCGGCUCCCCGGGAGCGGGGAACCGAGCUGCGGGACAGCCGGCCGCUAGGGCUCGUCCUGCGGCCGAGGAGGUUAAGCGGUUCAGGGCUGGACGGUCCGGGAUCCGGGCGGGAUGCGAGCCCCGGCGUUGCUGGGCCGCAGAGCCCAGCCCGGAGAAACUGGGGAGACCCUCCGCACUGGGACGCCGUUUCCGCGUGUCGCCAGCCGCCGACCGCAGCGCUCGCUCCCUGGCGGUCUCCCCAAAGGUGCACCGUGACUUGGGGGAGAAACGUUUGGCUGCCGAGUUUGUCAAGUUGGCUGAGGACUCCAGUAAUCCCCUUCAACCGGAUCUUAGUUUCACAAAUACUUUUCUCAAGCCAGAGAAGCUAACAAAGACAGAGAAGAGGUUUAAAGAAAAGGCAGUAGUGGAAACGAUGAAGCUGGACAAAGAAAUCAAAGAAACGCAAAGCCGGCUAGAACCGUUAGUGGAGGAAACCAGGCAGCUACUGGCGGAAAAAGAACGUGUCGAGGAGGAAAACCAGUUCUUUCUGGAAUACCUGACCAAGCAAACGGAGGAGUCUAGACAGCGAACUGAGAAGAUGUGGAACUACUGUUUACAACAAAGUGGAGAGAUUGAACAAAGGAGAAAAGAAUUAACCUCCAAAUAUGCAAAGAAAAAUUCAGCACUUAAAACAGAGCUCUUGCAGAAGGAAAAGAUCCUAUCCGAUUUGAAUAAGCAGUUAGAGGCAAUGAGGGACAUUUCGAUAGUAAAGGAAAAACAGGAGAAAGAAAUUCAGACAUUACAGCAGGAGAUAAGGAAAACCCAGGCUGAGACAGCUGAAAAGAAACAGGCCAUUCUGAUCCAGUUCUUCCAGGAUAAAGCAUUACUGGCGGCACAACUGAGUGAGCUAGAUGCAAGGCAGUUGGGAAAGAGACUAACAAAGGAGCUGAACAGCAAGAACCAGGCCUUGGAGAGGGCAGCAAAACAGUACACUUCCGAGUUCUACAGUAGCAUCAACAGACAGCACCAGCAGGUACAGAAGAAACUACCACAGCUAAUUCAGAAAUGCCAGAAGUUGGAGGCUACUCACAGCCAUUUAAAAACGAAGAAGCAGCAGCUGCAGCAGGAGCAGUGGUACGUGGAGUGCUUAAUCCGGGGGAGGCAACAGCUGCAAGAAAGGCGUAAUUCGUGCCCAAAAGGACAGGGUGCUCCAAAGACCACACUGAACCCUGCCCUAGGCACCAAAUCAAGGAUUCAUCCGAAGUAAUUUCUAAAAUAACACCAAGUCAGCAAUGGAGCAAGGGUUCUUAGGUGCCACGUAACAUAAACCUAGUUAGGAAGGCUUUGGGAUCUCAGGUUGCUAUGGUUAAAAUAUCCGUCACGAUGUGUUAGUGUGAAGGAUUAGGUGCUUUUCUCCAGCAGUACUGCUAGAUUAUUUGUGGGACUGGCUUCCUUUAAAGUUAGGUUUUUCUUGAAUUAGCUCUUGGUAAUAAAUGGGGUAUUCCUCACACCUCCAGAUAACCCAGUACCAGAUGCCAAAAAUCCAGAUGUGAAACUAUCUCAAGAAAGCCACCUUGUGGAAGUGACAGGAAAACAGUUGUGUGGUUUCACCUACCUAAAUUAGGUUUCUUUAUAGAAAAAGCCCCCUGAAGAAUAUCAUUUCAGAUUGUUAUAUUCUGCUUUCUGCUCUAUAAACAACCAAAGCCCAUGUAGCUUCACUUCUUUGGCCAUCUUAGCACACAAAGGCAAAGUGUUUUUAAGUGCUUUGUAAAGUUUGUGCUGGUGAUCAGGUAGCUGCUUCUCAUGAUUAAAAAAUACCCUAACAGCAAGUGUAAUAAGCCUUAGGCAGAAUAACCUUCUGUCUGAUGCUCAGCCCAUACAACUUCAGCUUUGAGUAAACUGUAUGAAGGGGAGAGAAUAUAGAGGGUACGUAUAUCUAGUCAGUUUUCUGUGAAGAAAUACUCUAUCCUGGAUGUGGUGACUGAAUGCUUCCACCUGUUUUAGGAAAAUGUAUCGAAAGUUUUCAUACAUUUGGAGAACUUUUUUUAAAGAGUCCUUUGCCGUCUGUUUCCCUAGCAACAUCCUUAAUUCUGAGAUGACAAAGAUGACUAAUGGUUCCAUAGAGUGAGCACUUUAGCUUUAGGUUGCUUGCUGUGUUUUCUUACUGCAUAAGCACUUCCUUGUCCUUUUAUUUAUAAGCACAUACUAGUCCUAUGCCUUUUAUUAUUCAUAUGUACCCUAUUUAUGCCCCAUCAGUAAAACUAGGAAUAAUAUUUUAAAUUAGUAUAGACUUCUAGAGUAGUUACAUUUUUGGUACUUAGGGCAUACUGAUGGUUAGAUCAGGGAUUUCUUUGAAUGCUGAAUCCUGGUACAGAAAAAUAGCCUCAUAUUUUAACGUUGCUCCUUUAUUGAAAAAGAGAAUCAACUUUAUGUUUUCAAGAAAUUGUCAGUGAUGAAAAAUUUCAUAAUGAUUUUCCCAGAUUUCAGUUUUAUUCAUAUGUGAAAUGAAUUCUUGUACAGUUAGAUUCAGAAAAGGAUUCUGCCUCAAUGUGCCUUAACUUCUAGCUUUAACAAAUUUUCUGUUAAAUGUGUAGUCUUGGUUCUUAAAAUUUUAUUGAA